AUGGCCAACCGAUCCAAGGUCUUCUUCGACGUCGAGUGGGAGGGUCCCGUCGUUGACGCCAACGGCAAGGUCACCGGCCAGGUCAAGCCCCAGACCGGUCGCAUCAACUUCACCCUCUUCGACGAUGUCGUCCCCAAGACAGCUGAGAAUUUCCGCGCUCUCUGCACCGGUGAGAAGCCCAACGUUGGCGGCUACAAGGGUUCUUCCUUCCACCGCAUCAUCCCUGAGUUCAUGCUCCAGGGUGGUGACUUCACCCGCGGCAACGGCACCGGUGGCAAGUCCAUUUACGGUGACAAGUUCGCGGACGAGAACUUCACCCUGAAGCACGACCGCCCUGGCUUGCUCUCCAUGGCCAACGCAGGUCCUAACACGAACGGCUCCCAGUUCUUCGUCACCACCGUCGUCACCAGCUGGCUCGACAAGCGCCAUGUGGUCUUCGGUGAGGUUAACCCCACCGAUGGCUCCAUGAACAUUGUCAAGGCUCUUGAGGCCACUGGCUCCCAGAGCGGUGCCGUCAAGUACGGCAAGCGCCCCACCAUCGUCAACUGCGGACAGUUGUAA